UGCACGCCUACGCCAAAUAAAACCAUCGACUGUAAUCCUCACUGUACAGAGAACAAGUCUCUGAGGGUUAUUUUUGUAUAACUGUAAGUUUGUAUUCAUCCUAAAUACCGCAAAAAUGGACAACUCUGGGAAAGAAAAGGAAGCGAUUCAGCUAAUGGCUGAUGCUGACAAAAAAGUCAAGUCGUCUGGCUCUUUCUUAGGAGGGAUGUUUGGAGGAGGACCUCACAAAGUGGAAGAGGCAUGUGAAAUGUACUGCAGAGCAGCCAACAUGUUCAAGAUGGCCAAGAACUGGAGUGCUGCGGGAAAUGCAUUCUGCAAGGCUGCUCGUCUCCACAUGCAGCUCCAGAACAAACAUGACUGUGCUACCAGUUUCAUUGAUGCUGGAAACGCUUUCAAGAAGUCUGACCCAAACGAGGCAAUCAAGUGUUUAAAUGCAGCCAUCGAUAUAUACACAGACAUGGGAAGAUUCACCAUUGCAGCCAAACACCACAUCAGCAUUGCAGAGAUCUAUGAGUCUGACCUGGUGGAUAUCGAAAAGGCAAUUGCACAUUAUGAACAAGCAGCAGACUACUACAAAGGAGAAGAAUCAAACAGCUCUGCCAACAAGUGUCUGCUGAAGGUUGGGGCUUACAGCGCUCAGUUGGAGCAGUACCAGAAGGCUAUUGAGAUCUAUGAGCAGGUUGGCGCCAACACCAUGGACAACCCGCUGCUGAAAUACAGCGCCAAAGAAUACUUCUUCAAAGCCUCCCUCUGCCAUUUCAUUGUUGAUGAGCUGAACGCUAAGAUUGCCGUUGAAAAGUACGAGGAGAUGUUCCCAGCCUUUUCAGACUCUCGAGAAUGCAAGCUGUUGAAGAAACUUCUGGAGGCUCAUGAGGAACAGAACAGUGAAGCUUUCACAGAGGCAGUGAAGGAAUUUGACUCUAUCUCACGUCUGGAUCAGUGGCACACCACCCUCCUGCUGCGCAUCAAAAAGACCAUCCAGGGCGACGAGGGGGAUCUGAAGUGAGCGAAGACGCAGGGUGGAAAUGCAGCACGGAGGGGCGAAUCUAUCAUGGCAUGCUACACCGACCGUCCUUUCACUCACCUUGCCAUGUAUUGUUUUUGUGCACUACCCGGCCUAGGUUCCCCAUCACACAGUAUGUCCAAAUUAUACCUGCUGCAGUCCACGGAGCACAUCAAGAGGAGCGUAUGCUGAUUUUGAAUGUUAAACUGCUCGCUUUCCUAUUGAGCACAUUUGAACCUAGUUAGGAUGCAAACCCUCUUGCCCUCACCUCUGUUUAGAGGUUAGCUGCAUUUCCCUUUUAUGCUGAAAUCUGACCCAGGGGAUUUCUGAGUGGAGAAAUGUACUGAAACUGAUAUUAGUAUUGACAACAAGCACUGCAUGAUUUGUACAUGUUAGACAAAUGCAACUUGUUUUUUUCUUUUUUUUUUUAAAUGUAGUUCUCAUUGUAUAUUUUAAACAUUUUACUGAUUUAAGUUUAUAGUUUGCUGUAUAAAAGAUUUAGGUUCCACAUUCAAUCCAUAGUGUGUAUGGGUUUUAAGAAUGUAGUAUCUUAAUUUGUAUUUGUUGGCACUCCUAAAUCUUUUUGUCACAAUGAUUCUUAUAACUUAAGUCAUUCCAGCCACAAUGAAAAUGAAUUUGUUUCCAUUUCAUUGUCACUAACGGGAAGAGACUCUUCUUGAUAAAGGGCAAUGUUAAGCAUCAAGUGUAGACUGUUAAAACAUUCAUACCUUAACAUCACCCACUGAUGCUUUUUUUCUACAGUUUUCAUUUAUGAUUUUAAUAUUCUGUAAUACUGCGGAGGAUGUAUUAUUAUUUUUUGAAUGUUUGGCUCUUUAAGCUGUGGUUUAUAGUUUUUGAAUGAAGAGCACUGACAAGCCAACCUUUGCUCCGUAUUUGCAGGGCUGUAAUCUUAAGGACAUGUGCAUCAUCGGUAGCUCAUCUUGUGCAGUGUUGUGUCGUGAACUUUUCAUUGAAGGUUUACUAGUGCAGUGCACCUUCCAAAUGGCCAGUUGCUAAGCAUGUCAUUGUGUAUAGAUUAGUGUUGUGUUACAUCCACUAGUGUGAGCCAGACCAAAGUUUUUACUGAAGGGUCAGUCACCCUACAUAUCAAGCUUCUUCCAGAGGGAAUAACAGUGGACCUUUGAUUUGAUCUGUAUGCUUGUGUGAAUGGACAAUAAAGAUACUAUAUCCCAGCUGA